AUGCUCGGCCACACCCUCCUCGCCGCCGCGACCCUCGCGGGCUCCGCCACCGCAGGCACCGUCAUCUGGGACGGCCGAUUCAACGACUUCAACUCGUCGGCCGACCUGAACAACUGGUCCUGGUCGAACCAAGUCGGCCCCUACCAAUACUACAUCCACGGCACCGGCGACGUCACCGACUACGUCAACCUCUCCCCGUCGUACAAGAACCCGGCCGACACGGCCUCGACCCAAGGCGCGCGCAUCACCAUCGACCCCACCGCCAAAUGGAACAGCGACAUGUGGCGCACGGAGCUGAUCCCGCAGACGACGGCCGCCAUCGCCGCCGGCACCGUCUUCUACCACUUCUCCGUCUCGCGCAGCGCCACCAACGCGCCGUCCGCCGCGCACGAGCACCAGGUCAACUUCUUCGAGUCGCACUUCACGGAGCUCAAGUACGGCUGGAUCAGCGGCGCCAGCGGCGAGACCAACACGAACCUCCAGUGGAUGGUCGGCGGCGUGUCGAAGUGGGCCGUCGAGUGGGAGGCUGACGUCUGGCACAACGUCGCGUACGAGAUCGACUUUGCUGGCCAGACCGUCGCGUUCUGGCACAGCGUCGGCAGCGAUGCGCUCGAGCGCGUUGUCGAGCCUGUUGCGGCCAGCACGAGCAGCAAUGGCGCGGAUUGGCAUCUCGGCGUGUUGAGGCUGCCGAGGAGCGGCUAUGAUACCGAGGAUGCGGAGGAUUGGUACUUUAGCGGCGUUUAUGUCGAGACGGGCGAUAUUACCACGAGUGUCGUGGGUCCGGCUGGUGAGCGUGUUUCUUCUUCUUCUUCUUCCUGA